AUGGCGGUGGUGUAUAUGCGCUUCUUGCGCGGGCGUGGUCACCGGAUCCAUUGGGGGCCGCCGAGCCAUCUGCGAGAGGAGCGUGGCCUGGACUUUGAGGAGCUGCCGCUGGACUUCCUCCCCAGCAGCGCCAGGAAUGGCGUCCGGAGGCCGGGCGACACGACGUACGUCCUCAGGAUCUGGCACAGGAGCUGCGAGGGGGAGGCCGCAGAGCCUGCGGCAGCCCUGGAGGACACCGGGGAGACGGCCCUGGCAGCCACCGCGUCGCCGCGGACUGAGGCCGCGGCGGGCCGCCACGGGGGCAGCCGCGGUGGCUGCGCUCGAGGACAAAGCCACCUGUGGCCCUCCCCUGCUCCUCGGCCUCCGCCUCCUCCACAACAGCUGCGGCUCAAGCUUCAG